AUGACAAUCAUGCCUAUCAUGCUGGAACCGAGUUUGGUUGAUCAAGUCAAUGAUCUCGGAUGGCAACUGAAACGACUCCAAGAGUUUAAGCGACUCCUGGAGCUUGAAAUCCCAAACGAGGACAAUAAGGUGGCUUACUGGAGACGCAAAAUUGAAGAAUUUUGUCGUAAGCUUCGUUAUACUGAAGAUAAUGCAUCACAGUUUUUGUGGAGAUGCAACCGGCGGAAAGGAGUCUUUGGGCUCAUAAAAAGUUUCUUCACUUUCUUGUUGUGUCGCUUCCAACUUCCUAACCUCCGGUUGAGUAUAAGUGAAGUUCAAAAAGAGAUGGAGAAAUUGGAGACAGAAAUGGAAGAAUGGUCAGAAAAAUGGGUUCCGCUGCCGAUGAGCAGGCGUGAACAACACGUAGAAAAUGGAACAUUGAAUGAAGUUGUAGUUGGGAGGGAAGAAGAUAUUAGGAGUCUGUUGAAAUUUCUAGAGGAGGACAAUGUAGACUACCCCUUUUUCGCUGUGUGCGGAAAGGGAGGUCUGGGCAAAACUACACUGGUGCGGAAGGUAUACAACACGCCUGAUGUCCGGCAUAAUUUUAUGGGGUGUGCUUGGAUCACUGCACCCCACCAGGUCCAAGCCAAAACCCUUUGGCAGGAUAUCAUAUCACAGAUUGAGCCUGGCAGAAAGGAUGAAAUGAAGAAAUUAAGUGAUAGUGCUUUGGCGCAGAGGCUUCACUCAUCCUUGCAGUCUGGGAGAUACCUCAUUGUUCUUGAUGAUGUCCGCUCAACGGAGGCUUCCCUAAUUGCUCUGCCCACUGUUGGAAUUCGCAGCAGAGUUGUGAUUACCACUCGGGAAACAUAUCAAGCUGAGAAGAUUGUAGAGAGGAAUCAGAGGAUAGGACAUAUUCUAAAAAUGAGUCCAUUAACUGAAGCUCAAAGUUGGGAGCUGUUUCUCCAAAAGCAAUUGCCUAGCCACAGAUCAGAAUUUGAAAAGAACCCGGAGUUGAAAGAGAUAUGUGGAGAUGUAGUCGAAAAGUGUAAUGGUGUGCCAUUAGAGAUAAUGGUGCUGGGAGACUUGAUGGCAGAGAAACACUCCAUCGAUGAGUGGAAGUUAUUACACAAAAAGUUUACUAAUUCUGCAAAAGACACUUUAGAGUUGUCUUAUAAUCUUUUGCCCUGGAAUCUGAAGAGCUGUUUACUUUAUCUGGCAGUUUUUCCAAAAGACACAGAUACAGAAGCAGAGAAGUUGUACAAUCUGUGGAUAGCUGAAGGGUUGAUAACCACCACAGUUCAUCAAGAAGAUGGCAAUUCCUCCACCAUGCUUUCCACGGCAGAAACAUAUCUGAAACAACUAGCAGCCGUAGGGUUGGUCCAGGUUCAAGAAGAGGAAACACCAAUGUUAACAAAGAUCAAAUCAUGCCGUCUUCAUGACUUGGUCCGAGAACUAUGCUGUCAGAAGGCCGAAAAGGAAAGCUUGUUCGCAGCCGUGGACCUUAGAAGAGCUGGGAAUAGUAGUCAAGACACCAGGCUUACUACUGAUGUGCGCACACUUGCCUUUUAUUUUGACAAGCGUGUGGGUGGGUAUGAUUUUCCCAACCCAAACAAAUUUAGGAAACUAAGAUCAUUUUUGUUUUUGAAUGCCCCCCACCCCCACCACCACCUGGUACCGGACGAUGAACAUUUAUUAUUGCCAAAAUCAUUAGUUUUGAAGAAUUGCAGAUUGCUAAGGGUGUUAGACUUCAAUUCACUUGACUUUCAUGGGACGAAGUUGCCAAAAGACAUCCACAAUCUCGCAACCCUCCGGUACCUGAGUUUCAGAGGCUGCAACCUGCCGGAGUUGUCGCCAUCCAUCGGCAGGUUGCCAAACUUGAAAAUUCUUGAUUUGCGGGUUAACCCCACGGUUGACAUGAGCAUAUCAAAUGUGUUGUAUAAGAUUACGAGAUUGAAGAAUCUUUAUUUCCCUCAAAAGUUCCACGCAGUUGGUGGGAAAUUGCAGUUGGAUGGCCUAAGUGAGCUUGAGAAUCUCAACAACUUUGCUUCAACCCGUUGUCAGUGUAAAGAUCUCCCCCGACUUAAAAACCUCAAGCUUUUGGCGGCAACUAUUGAGGGAAACCUGGAUGACCUCGGGGAGACUAUCAAAUGCAUAAAGGGAGAGAGAUUCAAAUCAUCAUCCAUUGUCCUCAAAAACUUCGAUUGUUACUCUCACAAACGACUCUCUGCUCUAAGUAACCUACUGGGGUGUGAACACCUGAACGCGUUGCGCGUGGAGGGGCACAUAGGCAACUUAUCAUGCCCUAUUUCCGAGAAGCUCACAGAGCUCUUCUUGCUUGGUUCUGAACUUACUGAAGAUCCCAUGCCAGUAUUUGGGAAAAUCCCCCAAUUACAAAAACUUGUCGUAUGCAAUGGAGCCUAUCUUGGGGACGCUAUGGAUUGUAAAGCUCAUACUUUUCUCCAGCUCAGAUAUCUGAAACUCUCAAAUUUGCACAUCUUAAAGGAUUGGACUCUUGAAGAAGGAUCUAUGGGUAAGCUUUCUACUCUCACCGUUGAAAAAUGCCAGAGCCUUGAAAAUCUCCCAGAGGGGCUCAAAUUUCUCAUUCAUCUCCGAGAAGUGAAUAUUGUAAACAUGCCCAAAAUGUCCACCACGCUCAAACGUGAAGGCCAGACCGAGAUACAACGUUUCUCGGGACAAUAUUCCGAUAAAAUCAAGCACGUUCUUAGUAUCAACAUUUUGUAA